AUGCCGCUGCCGGCGAUGACCCACUCCUCCGCCUACCUCCUCCCGGCCCCAACCGCCCCGUCCAACCCCACCGGCGCCACCACGACGACCUACGCGCUCGUCGUCCUCAACCAGCGCCUCCCCCGCUUCGCGCCGCUCCUCUGGUCCCGCGCGCGCCUGCGCGUGUGCGCGGACGGGGGCGCCAACCGCGUCUUCGACGGCAUGCCGGAGCUUCUCCCGGGCGAGGACCCCGCCGAGGUCCGCACCAGGUACAAGCCAGAUGUAAUUAAAGGGGACAUGGACUCAAUAAGGCCAGAAGUGAAGGAGUAUUAUUCCAAUUUGAUUGAAAACAUAGAAUUAGUACUCCUAGAUUCUUUAUUGAAAAUACCUUUACAUUGUGGGAAGGUUAUGUGGCUAGCUGGUCACAGGAGGCAGGUUGGAGUGCUGCUCCAUGAGGUUGUGAGUUUGGUUCCAGCAGCUGUGUAUUCUUGUUCUUGGUGCACUUUCGGUGGAAGGUUCGAUCAUGAGAUGGGGAACAUCAAUGUAUUAUACCGCUUUUCAAACAUCAAGAUCAUCCUCCUAUCAGAUGACUGUUCAAUCUUUCUGCUCCCCAAGACACACUCUCACGAGAUCCAUAUUGAGAAAUCGGUUGAAGGUCCUCACUGUGGUUUGAUUCCCAUGGGCGGACCGUCAGCUAUCACCACAACCACUGGGCUCCGGUGGAAUUUAGAUAAUACGAGCAUGAGGUAUGGUGGAUUGAUAAGCACAUCUAACAUCGUGGAUGACGAUAAAGAAUCCAUAUGCCCCCAAUCUAUUCUGAUGUUUGGGCAUCUGAUCACCAACUUUGUCGAAGCGCAUGAUUGCAAAAAUCUCUUGCAUUUCCUUGGCCGUUUUGGAUGCAUUCGGAUGUUUCUAGAUGAAGAGCCACCAUCAGCUCCUGGCCUCCUGGGACCCUACGCCGACGCUUUUGUGAGCUAG